UUCUUUUUCUUUCUUUCUUUCUUCCUUUCUUUCUUUUUUCUUUUUCUUUUUCUUUCUUUCUUUCUUUUUUCUUUUUCUUUUUCUUUCUUUCUUUCUUUUUUCUUUUUCUUUUUCUUUCUUUCUUUCUUUUUUCUUUUUCUUUUUCUUUCUUUCUUUCUUUUUUCUUUUUCUUUUUUUCUUCUUUUUUCUGGCAUUAGAGCCUACAUCUUCAGAAUUCUGGUAUGUGCUGAGACAUCCAGCAACGUGAACUGAACCACUACUGGAUUCUUACGUUUCCACUGGCAGACAGCCAUCGAUGUCUGGGUGGCCCAGAGCUGCUGAGACAUUGUAAUAAACCCAUUCUCUACAUAGAGAUUCAUUUUGUCGGGUCUGUUCAUCCAAAGAACCUUUACUAAUACACCUGUUUUUCAUUUUGGUUUUGUUUUGGUUUUGAAUCUUCUCACUCAGGAAGAUAUGCUGGCUAAUAAUACUGCUCAACAGUGUCAUCUGUUUCCUGCUUUUCUUCUGUCAUUCGCAUACCUACCAGGUGAGAAGUAGCUGCAGUUUAUCUAAAGUCACAAAACAAAACUCGUUUUAAUUGUUAAUAUUCUGGGAACCCUUCCACUUGUGGGACAAAUUGACAACUCCACUGCAAAUUCAGUAAAGAACUCUGCAAGCUAUCUAUCCUGAUUCCAGGAGGAAGAAGUGCCAGGUAUACUCCUACAUUGCUACUUGGUGAAUUCAGCUUCACUGUCCCUAAGAGAAGGAGCUGGCAGCUGAGCUACGGGGGGCUGAAGUGGUGGGUCCUCCCCCGGGACUAGGCGGGAAGACAGUCGGGUAGGCUAUUGGAAGGCAGGCACAAGUGCUAGAGUAUGCAGCCUCUGUAGAUCUGCAAAAGUUUUGGCCAUGGACAAGAAACCUGGGCGGGAAAACUUUAUCCUGUGUUCCUUUAAGACACAAAAACCCUAAGGGAGGUGUUCGUGUCACUCAGGACUCACUGACCAAUCAGAGCUCCAGGCGGCUCUGCCAGUAAGCCCACAAGGAGGGUUCUUCCGGAUGCCAUGUUGCGAGUUCCCUGUAGCUGAGAGGUCUUGAAUGGUUCUGUGUGAUGUGCUCUGAGCCCUGCUGCUGGGUGCUGUGAGGCGCGCACAGGCAAGCUCCCGAAGUUGCGACAUGGUGAGCACAGAGUCACUCACUGCCCACAAAAGAGAGAAGCAGGCAGCCGAGCCUCGAAAGCUGAAAUAGUGAGCCCUCCCGGAGGCUGGGUCAGAAAACAGCGGGUAGGCUACUGGAGGACAGGCACAAGUGCUACACUGUGCGCACAGCGUCACUGCACUGCGCACAGCGGGGAAGAGCAGACAGCUGAGCUGAAGCGGGUGGUAAGCAGCCUCCAGAUGCAGCACCCGUGAGAGCCUUUGUGGUCCCAGACACUCCCUGAACCCAGUGGUGUCCUCUGAAUAACUUCGCCGUGGGAGUUUUAUCUAUGCAAAGCAUUUAGAACAGGAACUUGCAUAUAGAAACAUCAUUGUCAGAAUACCAAACUUAGUCUCAGUUUCUCUAGUGUCUUCUACAAGUUCUGCCCUUACCAUUUAACAUUUUGAUGUAAGAUACAUUUGGAAUUAACUUUGGAGGUUGUAAAAGGCAUCUCAUGUGUUGGGUAGCACUGCAAUAUUAUGCUGUGAUGUAGAAAAAUAGAAUUGAUGAUUAAAGGAUUUGCCAAUCCUUAGGAAAUAGUGACACAAACUGGGAUUUAGCUGAGAGAACUGCCUCUAAAACACCCACCCUACAGAAGAGUCAUAUGCUUACCAGGCAUAGUUUAUUCACCAGGAUUGUCCAGAUGUUUGGCUCCAAACCAUAACAAAGGAGACAGCUCUGAUUUACAAUCAACCACUAGGCCCAUCCUCAUAUCAAAGGGCAGGCCUCUAACAAGCUUUUAGAGGGGGCAUGACAGGGUCACAACCAACAUUAAGGCCUGGUGUGCCAUAAAGGUCCUGUUUGCUAUUGAGAAAAACAUAGUUUUGCGACAUGGGCCAGACUACACCUGGUGACAACCGUUUGAAACAGAAAACAUUGUCCUGUUGAGGGCUGGCCAGAUUAAGCAAGUCUUUCCCUGAGGCACCUCAUGUAUGGAGAAGGAACAUAGCUCUUUCUAAACCCAGGAAGGCCUAUAUCUUGUCAGCUCCCCUAAGCCCCAGUGUACUGAGAAUAAAAUAGAGCUCCUUCCCUAAAUCCAGGGAUAAGCUUGGGAGAGCUGGUAAUGGUCUAGGGCCAGGCCUUUGGUGAGGGGUUGCUUGAGAUCCUCAGAACCCAACUCUUACCACCACAUGGGCCUGUGGCUAGACUUCUGGUCUCCGGUCCAUAAAGAUUUAUUUAUUUAUUUUAUGUAUAUGAGUACACUGUAGCUGUCUCCAGACACACCAGACGGGGGCAUCAGAUCUCAUUACAGAUGGUUGUGAGCCACCAUCUGGUUGCUGGGAUUUGAACUCAGUACCUCUGGAAGAGCAGUCAAUGUUCUUAACCGGGGAGCUAUAUUUACUCCAGCCCCAGUCCAUAUUUAAAUUGGUCAAAAUAUAACCUAGGGCCUGAAUCUAAAAAAAAAAAAAAAAAUAAGGAUGACAGCAAAUGUGGAAUACACAAUCUGUUCUCAGCUGUCUGAGCAUUCGCCAGCACUGCAUGCUGUCACUGAAGAGAUUUUCCUUAAUCUUUCAGCUGUGUGUUGAGCAAUUUCUCCUUGGGAAGGCAUAUUAAUUCUAGAACAGCUGGAUCUUCAGCCUUUUAGAAAAAUGUUUCUGAGACAAGCUAUGUUGAUUCAGGUCGCCUUGAUUCCAGUGUGUUGCUUCCUAGGGCAAUGAUCUUGCUUUCCACUUAAUGAAAAUUCCUAAAUUCUUUAAAGGGCUGUACCACACCAGUGUUUGAAAAUUAUUCAAUUGAGUCAAGGAAUGAACUGUCCAUUUCAGUAACAGGAGCAGGAUUUACAUAUGGAGUAUGGCAUCUGCCUUUUGACCAGAAGAAACAGUUUACUGUGUACACUUCAGAGUGAAACUGGGUAGGCAGUAGCUAGAUCGCAGACUAAAGUUUAAGAGAGUCUGCUGCAAGGAUCACCAUUAUGAAGGACCUAUUUGUUUUUCCAGUUAUAUUUAUUACCUUUUAAAUUUCAUUUUCUUUAUGUAUUUAUGUGCUAAUCUCUUAUUUGUUUGUAUUCUCCAAUGCUUCUCAGUCAUUAAGAAUUUCAUUCUUUUACUCAGGUCUUUCAUAUUUGUUUCUGUUUAGAUCAACAACUCCUGUAGCUGAACCUUUCCUCAUGCUGUGUAGUUAAGGUUUAUUUUGAACACUUAAUCCUACCUCUGCUGCCCAGGGCCUAGACAGAUGACGAUGCAACUCCUUUCAGGCUGAGUGCUGACUGGUCAGUGUGAAGGAGAAGACACCAGUGAAUAAGUGUACUUUAACCCCCAGAUUUUGGGGGGUAAGUACAAAUGAAAAGGGACCUAUAUAAGAACUAAGUUCACUGACCACUUUUUAAAAAUAUUUUUAAAUUUUAUUUUUCUUGAAUAUUUUAUGUAUUUACAUUUCAAAUGUUAUCCCCUACCCCCCUUCCAUACUCUCCACCCUCCCCCAGCUUCUAUGAGGAUGCUCCCACUCCCACCCACCUACUCCAACCUCAACGCCCGGGCAUUACCCUACAUUUCGGAAAGGAGCCUUCACAGGACCAAGGGCUUUUCCUCCUAUUGAUGCUGGACAAUGCCAUCCUCUGCUACAUAUGCGGCUGGAGCCAUGGGUCCCUCCAUGUGUACUCACUGGUUGGUGGUUUAGUCCCUGGGAGCUCUAGGGUUCUGGUUGGUUGAUAUUGUUCUUCCUCUGGAGUUGCAAACCCCCUCAGCUCUUUCAGUUUUUUCUCUUAACUCUUCCAUUGAGAUCCCCUUGUUCAGUCCAGUGGUUAGCUGCAAUCAUCCUCAUCUGUAUCAGUAGGGCUCUGACAGAGCCUCUCAGGAGACACCCAUAUCUGGUUCCUGUGAGUAAACACUUCUUGGCAUUAGCAGUAGUGACUGGGUUUGGUGGCUGCAUAUAGGAGGAAUCCCCAGAACACUUCUUUAGGUGCUUUUGCCAUUUGAUAUUCCUCAGUUGAAUUUUUUCUUUGGCUCUGUACCCCAUUUUUAAUGGGAUUAUUUGGUUCUCUGGAAUCUAACUUCUUCAGUUUUUUGUAUAUAUUAGAUAUUAGCCCUCUAUCAGAUGUAAGAUUAGUGAAGACCUUUUACCAAUCUGUUGGUUGUUGUUUUAUCCUAUCGACAGUGUCCUAUGCCUUACAGAAGCUUUGAAAUUUUAUGAGGUUCCAUUUCUCUUGUGUUGAUCUUAGAGCAUAAGACAUUGGUGUUCUCUUCAGGAAAUUUUCUCCUGUGCCUAUGUGUUCUAGGCUCUUCCCCCACUUUCUCUCCUAUUAGUUUCAGUGUAUCUAGUUUUAUAUGGAGGUCUUUGAUCCACUUGGAUUUGAGCUUUGAAAAUGAAGAUAAGAAUGGGUUGAUUUUCAUUCUUCUAUAUGCUGACCUCCAGUUGAACCAGCACCAUUUGUUGAAAAUGCUGUCUUUUUUCCACUGGAUGCUUUUAACUCCUUUAUCAAAAAUCAAGUGACCGUAGGUGUGUAGGUUCAUUUCUCAGUCUUCAAUUCUAUUCCAGUGAUCUACCUGUCUGUAUCUGUGCCAAUACCAUACAGUUUUUAUCACUGUUGCUCUGUAAUAUUGCUUGAAGUCAGGGAUGGUGAUUUCCCCAGAAGUUCUUUUAUUAUUGAGUAUAGUUUUCGAUAACCUGGGUUUUUUUGUUAUUCCAAAUGAAUAUGCAAAUUGCUCUUUCUAACUCUAUGAUGAAUGUAGUUGGAAUGUUGAUGGGGAUUGCAUUGAAUCUGUAGAUUGCUUUUGGCAAAAUGGCCAUUUUUAUUAUAUUAAUCCUGCCAAUCCAUGAGCAUGGGAGAUCUUUCCAUCUUCUGAGAUCUUCUUCAAUUUCUUUCAUCAGAGACUUGAAGUUCUUGCAUACAGAUCGUUCACUUACUUGAUUAGAGUCACACCAAGGUAUUUUAUAUUAUUUGUGGCUAUUGUGAAGGGUGUCAUUUCCCUAAUUUCUUUCUAAGCAUAUUUAUCCUUUGAGUAGAGGAAGGCUACUGAUUUGUUUGAGUUAAUUUUAUAUUAAGUCACUUUACUGAAGUUGUUUUUCAGCAAUGGGCAUUCUCUGGCAGAAUUUUUGGGAUCCCUUAAGUAUACUAUCAUAUCAUCUGCAAAUAGUUGUAUUUUGAUUUCUUCCUUUCCGACUUGUAUUCCUUUGACCUCUUUUUGUUGUCUACUUGCUCCAGAUAGGACUUCAAGUAUGAUAUUGACUAGGUAAGGAGAGAGUGGGCAGUCUUGUGUAGUCCCUGAUUUUAGUGGCAUUGCUUCAAGUUUAUUUCCAUUUAGUUUGAUGUUGGUAGUGGUUUGCUGUAUAUGGCUUUACUGUGCUUGGUAUGGGCCUUGACUUCCUGACCUUUCCAAGACUUUUAACAUGAAGGGGUGUUGGAUUUUAUCAAAUGCUUUCUCAGCAUCUAAUGAAAUAAUUCUGUGGUUUUUUUUCCUUUGAGUUUGUUUAUAUAUUGGAUUAUGUUGAUGAAUUUCCAUAUUUUGAAACAUUCCUGCGUCCCUGGGAAGAAGCCUACUUGAUCGUGGUAAAUGAUUGUUUUGAUGUGUUCUUGGAUUCGGUUUGUGAGAAUUUUUUUGAGUAUUUUUGCAUCAAACUUCAUAAGGGAAAUUGGUCUGAAGGUCACUUUCUUUGUAAGGUCUUUGUGUGAUUUAGGUAUAAGUGUAGUUGUGGCUUCAAAGAAUGAAUUAGGAAGUAUUCUUUCUGUUUCCAUUUUGUGGAAUAGUGUGAAGAGUAUGCACUAAACCCAUCUGGUCCUGAGCUGCUUUUGGUUGGGAGAUUUUAAUGACUGCUUCUAUUUCUUUAGGAGUUAUGGCACUGUUUAUAUGGUUUAUCUGAUUUUGAUUUAACAUUGGUACCUGGUACCUGUCUUGAAAAUUGUCCAUUUCAUCCAGAUUUUCUAGUUUUGUAAGUAUAGGCUUUGGUAAUAGUAUCUGGCAAUUUUUUUGAAUUUCCUCAGUUUCUGUUGUUUCCGUUUCCCUUUUCAUUUCUGAUUUUGUUAAUUUGGAUACUGUCUCUGUGCCCUCUGUUUAGUCUGGCUAAGGGUUUAUCUAUCUUGUUGAUUUUCUCAAAGAACCAGCUCCUGUUUUUGUUGAUUCUUUAUAUAGUCUUUUUUUGUUUGUUUGUUUAUUCUUGGUUGACUUCAGCCCUAAAUUUGAUUGUUUUGUUCUAGAGCCUGCAAAUGUGCUGUCAAGUUGCUAGUGUAUGCUUUCUCCAGUUUCCUUUUAUAGGCCCUCUGAGCUAUGAGUUUUCCUCUUAGCACUGCUUUCAUUGUGUCUCAUAAGUUUGAGUUGUGCCUUCAUUUUCAUUAAAUUCUAAAAAGUGUUCAAUUUCUUUAUUUUUUUCCUUUAGCAAGUUGUCAUUGAGUAGAAUGUUGUUCAGCUUCCAUGUGUAUGUGGGCUUUCUGUUGUUUUUGUUGUAUUUGAAGAUCAGCCUUAGCCUGUGGUGAUCUGAUAGAAUGCAUGGGAUUAUUUCAAUCUUCUUGUAUCUGUUGAGGCCUAUUAUGUGACCAAUUAUAUGGUCAAUUUUGGAGAAAGUACCAUGAAGAAGAAGGUAUAUUCUUUUGUUUUAGGAUAAAAUGUUUUAUCUGUUAAAUCCAUUUGGUUUAUAACUUCUGUUAGUUUCACUGUGUCUCUGUUUAGUUUCUGUGUCCUUGAUCUGUCUAUUGAUGAAGGUGGGGCAUUGAAGUCUCCCACUAUUAUUGUGUGAGGUGCAAUGUGUGCUUUGAGCUUUAGUAAAGUUUCUUUUAGGAAUAUGGGUGCCUUUGCAUUUGGAGCAUAGAUGUUCAGAAUUAAGAAUUCAUCUUGGUAGAUUUUUUUCUUUGAUGAGUAUAAAGUGUCCUUCCUUAUCUAUUUCAAUAACUUUUGAUUAAAAGUAUAUUUUAUUCAAUAUUAGAGUGGCUUCUCCAACUUGUUUCUUGGGAUCAUUUACUUGGAAAAUAUUUUUCCAACCUUUUACUCUGAGGAAGUUUCCAUCUCUGUCACUGAGGUGUGUUUCCCGUAUGCAGCAAAAUGCUGGGUCAUGUUUAGUAUUAAGUUAAUCAGUCUAUGUUUUUAUUGGGGAAUUGAGUCCAUUGGUGUUAAAAGAUAUUAAGGAAUAGUGAUUGUUACUUCCUGUUAUUUUUGUUGUUAGAGGUAGAACUAUAUUUGUCUAGUUCUCUUCUUUUGGACUUCUUAAAAGAAGAUUACUUCCUUGCUUUUUCUAGGAUGUAAUUUCUCUCCUUGUAUUGGACUUUUCCACCCAUUAUCCUUUGUAGAGCUGGAUUUAUGGAAAGAUAUUGUUUAAAUUUUGUCAUGAGAUAUCUUGGUUUCUCCAUCUAUGUUAGCUGAGAGUUUUGCUGGAUACAGUAGCCUGUGCUGGCAUUUGUGUUCUCUUAGGGUCUGUAUGACAUCUGCCCAGGAUCUUCUGGCUUUCAUAGACUCUGUUGAGAAGUCUGGUGUGAUUCUGAUAGGUCUGCCUUUAUAUGUUACUUGACCUUUUUCCCUUACUGCUUUUAAUAUUCUUUCUUUGUUUUGUGCAUUUGAUGUUUUGACUAUUAUGUGACAGGAGGACUUCCUUUUCUGGUCCAAUCUAUUUAGACUUCUGUAGGCUUCCUAUAUGUUUAUCUCUUUCUUUAGGUUGGGGAAGUUUUCUUCUAUAAUUUUGUUGAAGAUGUUUACUUGCCCUUUAAGUUGGAAAUCUUUACUCUCUUCAAUACCCAUUUUCUUUAGGUUUGGUCUUCUCAUUGUGUCCUGGAUUUCCUGGAUGUUUUUGGUUAGGAGGAUGGUUUUUGCAUUUUGCCUUUUCUUUGAUUAUUGUGUCAGUGUUUUUUGUGGUAUCUUCUGCACCCAAAAUUCUCUUUUCUAUGUCUUGUAUUAUGUUGGUGAUGCUUGCAUCUAUGACUCCUGAUCUCUUUCCUAGGUUUUCUAUCUCCAGGGUUGUCUCCCUUUGUGAUUUCUUUAUUGUUUCUAUAUCCAUUUUUAGAUCCUGGAUGGUUUUGUUCAAUUCCUUUGCCUGUUUGGUUGUGUUUUCCUGUAAAUCUUUGAGGGAUUUUCGUGUUUCCUCUUUAAGAGCUUCUACCUGCCUACCUGUGUUGUCUUGUAUGUCUUUAAGGGAGUUGUUUAUGUCCUUCCUAAUGUCCUCUAUCAUCAUCAUGAGAUGUGAUUUUAAAUCUGAAUCUUACUUUUCUGGUGUGAUAGGGUAUCCAGGACUUGUUGUAGUAGGAGAACUGGGUUCUGGUGAUGCCAAGUAGCCUUGGUUUCUGUUGCUUAUGUUCUUGUGCUUGCCUCUCGCCAUCUGGUUAUCUCUAAUGCUACCUUCCCUUGCUGUCUCUACUGGAGCCUCUUCCUCCUGUGAUCCUCGUUGUGUCAGAACUCCUCGGAGUCCAGCUGUCUCUGUGAUCCUGAGAUCCUGGGUGUGUCAGAGCUCCUGGGAGUCAAGCUUUCUCAGGAUGUUACUGGAGUGGGUGGGGAGCCAGAGCUCUGGGUUUGCUCUGGGCACAGGUGCAAACUAAAUGGAACAUAUGCCUCUGGCUGGGCAUGGGUUUGUGUUUUCCUGUUUCUUGUGGGGAUCCCAGUUUCCCUAUGUGUUAGGAAAGAUGUUGUGGCCUCAACUGUGAUCUUGAGUGUUUCAGAGCUCCAGUGCUCCUGGUUGUGUCCAGUCUCCUUGGAGUCUAAUUUCUACUGUGAUCCUGUGAUCCUGAGCUUUUCAGAGCACCUGGGAGUCGGGGUACCUCUGAGUGUUGUAAGAGUGGAUGCAGAUCCAGCACCCAAGGUCUACUCUCAGUCCAGUGGCUGGGCAGGGGUUCCUGCAUCCCUGGAUUCUGGGGGAACCCAGUUGCUCUGGGUGUUGGGGCAGACAUGGCCUCUCCUGUCAUCCUGGGGAUUUCAAAGCACAUGGAACUCCCUCUGGAUGUUGUAGGCGUGGGUGUAGAGCCAGAAACUCAGGUCUGCUCCAGGUGCAGGUUCAAACUGUAAUCCUUGGUGUGUUGGGGCAGAUGUUGUGCCCUCUUCACCUCUGUUCCUGGGCAUGUUAGAGUACUUGGGAGUGGAGCUUCCUUUGAGUGUUGUGGGACUGGGUAUGGAGCCAGCACCCAAGGUCUGCUCAGGGCACUGGUUCAGGGCAAGCUAAAUAGUUGUUGUUGUUUGUUUUAAGUUUUGUUUUUGUUUUGAAACCAAAGUUUCUCUAUGUAGCCCUGGCUGUCCUGAAAGUAGACCAGGCAGACCUUAAAGUUAAAAAUUCACCUGAUUUUGGCUCCCCAGUGCUAAGAUUAGAUGUGGGACAACAUCCCUGGCUUUUUGCUGCUGCUGCUUUUUGUUGUAGUUGUUGUUGUUUAUAUUAUCAGAUGGAAUACAGGUUUUUGUCCAUGUCAACAUAUGCUCUUGUGCUGAUCUUUCAUGUGUUGAAUUUUGAAAUUUGGCAGAGACUAUAGUCUAUUUCUCAGGAUGGCAUGUAUUCAUGACAUUAAUAGUACCUGUGCCUUCUGGGUCAUUGAAUUUCAGGUAUGUUAUAUCUUUCCUACCUGUUGUGCUUGUUUUGAAUUGUUUAAAAUGAAUAUUAGUAUUUUGCCUAUAUUCAUGAAGUCCUUAGGACAAAUCCUGCUCAGGGAUCUGCCUCUCUGAGACAUAUCCAUCAUGGUUGUGCUAACUGGUGCGCCACACUCCGUGAGGCUAAAGCUGUUUGCCGUUGCUCUUCUUCCAUGGACCUUGACAAAAGAUGACCUCAGAAUUCCCAUACUUGGAAUAAUGGAUAAUUGUGAGCCCCUAUAAUACAAUGACCUAUGAUGAUGUGCAUGUCAAUUUCACUUGGGAAGAGUGGGCUUUGCUGAAUCCUUCCCAGAAGAGUCUCUACAAAGAUGUAAUGCUGGAGACCUACAAGAACCUCACUGCUAUAGGCUACAAUUGGGAAGACCAUUAUAUUGAAGAAGAAUUUCAAAGUUCUAGAAGAUAUGGAAGGCAUGAAACAGGUUAUACUGGAGAGAAACCCUAUGAAUGUACUCAUUAUGGUACAGGCUUUGCAAGUCAUGGUCAUCUUCAAAGGCAUAAAGGAACAUACACUGGCGAGAAACCCUAUGAAUGUAAACAAUGUGGUAAAGCCUUUGCAUGGAACUGUCAUCUCCAAAUACAUAAAAGAACACAUACUGGAGAGAAACCUUAUGAAUGUGAUCAAUGUGGUACAGCUUUUGCAAGUCAUGGUCAUCUUCAAAGGCAUAAAAGAACACAUACUGGAGAAAAACCUUACGAAUGUAAUCAGUGUGGUAAAGCCUUUUCCCAACACAGUUCUCUACAAGUCCAUAAAAGAACACACACUGGAGAGAAACCCUAUGAAUGUAACCAAUGUGGUAAAGCCUAUGCACGUCACAGCCAUCUCCAAAGACACAAAAGAACACAUACUGGAGAGAAACCUUACGAAUGUAAUCAGUGUGGUAAAGCCUUUGCUUAUCACAAUAGUCUCCAGUACCAUACAAGAACACAUACUGGAGAGAAAUCUUAUGAAUGUAAGCAAUGUGGUAAAGUCUUUGUGUGCCGUGAUCAUCUUCAAAUACAUAAAAGAACACAUGCUGGACAGAAACGCUAUGAAUGUAAACAGUGUGGAAAAGUCUUUGCAUUUCAUAGUCAUUUCCAAAGACAUAAAAGACAUAUUGGAGAGAAACCUUAUGAAUGUAAUCAGUGUGAUAAAGCCUUUGCAAGCCACAAUAAUCUUCAAAAACAUAUAAAAAGACAUACUGGAGAGAAAUCUUAUAAAUGUAAUCAGUGUGAUAAAACCUAUGCACAUUAUAGUCAUCUCCAAACACAUAAAAGAAUUCAUACUGGAGAGAAACCCUACAAAUGUAAUCAAUGUGGUAAAGCCUUUUCCCAACACAGUUCUCUACAAGUCCAUAAAAGAACACACACUGGAGAGAAACCCUAUGAAUGUAACCAAUGUGGUAAAUCCUAUGCACGUCACAGUCAUCUCCAAAGACACAAAAGAACACAUACUGGAGAGAAACCCUAUCAAUGUAAUCACUGUGGUAAAGCCUUUGCUUAUUAUAAUAGUCUCCAGUAUCAUAAACGAGCACAUACUAGAGAGAAAUCUUACAAAUGUAAUCAGUGUGAUAAAGCCUUUGCAAGUCAUAGUAAUCUUCAAAAACAUAUAAGACAUACUGGAGAUUAUAAAUGUAAUCAGUGUGUUAAAACUUUUACACAUCACAGUCAUCUCCAAAGACAUAAAAGAACACAUACUGGAGAGAAACCCUAUGAAUGUAACCAAUUUGGUAAAAUAGUUGCACAACAUAGUACUUUCCACAGCAUAAAAAAAGCACAUAUGGGCUGGAGAGAUGGUUCCGUGGUUAAGAGCACUGAGUGCUCUUCCAGAGGUCCUGAGUUCAAUUCCCAGCUACCACAUGGUGGCUCGCAACCAUCUGUAAUGGAAUCUGAAGCCCUCUUCUGGUGUGCAUGAAGACAGCUACAGUGUGUUCAUAUGUAAUAAAUAAAUAAAUAUUUUUAAAGUACAUUUUUGAGAGAAACUCUAUAAAUAUACUGUAAGGUAAAACCUUUGCAGGUCAAAGUCAUCUUCAGAGGCAUAAAAGAAUUCAUACUGGAGAGAAACCUCAUGAAUAUGUUUAAUAUGGUGAAGCCUUUGCACUUUUAAAUUGUCUUCAUCAACUUGAAAGUAUUCAUACUGCAGAGAAAUUAUAUUAAUGUAAGCAGUGUGGUAAAGCCUCUGUGUUAUGGGUCCACUUAGAUCCAACACAAGUUAAACUCCAGAUCAAUGCAAAUGGCAAGAAUUAAUUGUAAUCAAGCUGUUACUGAUUAACUAGUGCUUUAGAACACAUUCUGGAGUUGAAUUGCAACCCAUCUUACAGAGCUUUUAAGCUUGAAAAGUAAAAACAUCUAUGCCAAGUUACAACUACAUUUUUCCACCAAUCAGGAUUUAGUGAUAGUAGCUUUCCUUAUGUGACUGAACCAUGCCAAUGGAUACAUCAUAUUCAUUUAUUCUUUUGUGGUUAGGAACCACAUGUUUGGGGGAACAAAAGAUGUUAAUAAAUGCUGUAGUUAGGAACUGUCAUGUUUUAGAGAGUAGAAGCCAUGGUUAGUUUGAUGUGCUAUGGAUAUGUGUAUAUUAUUUGAUGUUCAUUGCUUCUUUAUGUUCAUAUUAGUUACCAUUUGAUACUUCCUCUUGAAGUACUGCCUUCCAACGGAAUUAUCUCAAGAUGGUAGAUAAUGUAACAGCAAUGAGAUUUAUUAAAUAUUUUUCUGGGGUGUGUGUGUGUGUGUGUGUGUGUGUGUGUGUGUGUGUGUGUGUGUAAUUUGAUUAUUGUUUUGUGGGCCAUGAUGGAUAGAUGGAGACUGGAAAACAACUUUCUACUUUGACCAUCUUUCUAUGGUGAUAAAGGUCAGGUUGCCAGCUUUGCACACUACAGAAAUUUCCCGCUGAUCCAUCUCACUGAUGUUCAAAGAAGAUUAGUUAAAACAUUUCAUUAGUAAAAUAUUGUCUUCUUUUCAGAUUGUAAACAUAUUGUCAUCUAAGGAUCGAGAACAGGGUGACUUUAAUAAUAAAUCAUAUUUGCAAAUGAAAA